UUCACUGCGCAUGCGCAGAGCCCGGUGUCCGGUGUCCGACUGACAGCAGCUGUUGAGACCAUGAACGGUAGGACCGAGACAGCAGAGACAAUACACCCAGAAUAACCGGAGUGGACCCGGUACACAGAACCGAUACUGAGCCGGUACUGACCGGGCUGUAGGAGAGCCAGAGAUCUGCUGCUGGAGCUAACUGGGCUAACAGGCUAACUGACGGCUAACCGUCAGCUGUUGGUUAACUGACGGAGCUAACGGCUAACGGACAGGCUUGUCGGAGGACCGCUAGAGGACCGUUAGAGGACCGUUAGAGGACCGUUAGUGGACCGCUAGAGGACCGUUAGAGGACCGUUAGUCCAGCCCGGACAGAGCGCGCAGACCCGGUUCGGUUUGAGGACCGGGACCAGGAUGCUGAUAGCAGUCGCUGCAGGAACCAGCAACGCUGCCGCCACCGGCAAGAAGCACCGGCGGCGAGGCAAAAAACACCGUCGAGUCCGAACAGACGAGAACCGGCCUGAUGACCUCUGUGAUCUUCAGAGUCAAAAUGCCAACAGCAGCCUUGCUCCAGCACCGCAGCAGAGUUACCCCCAAACCACCCGGCUGCCCCCCCAAAAUACUCCAGAAACAACAUCAUCACCACCAAAUACGCCAACAUGUACUGAAGAUUUCCACGAAUCCACUUCAACACCCCAACAAAACCACCCACACACCAGCACGUUACCCGCGGAAACCACCCCGUUGCCCCCCAGGAGUGUCUCUCGAACCCACUCACCACCCCCCCAGAACACCCUCCAGACCCCACCACCCAGUCUAGAUACAGUAGAUGCCCCUGUAGCACACCUGGCACCUCCUGACAGUACCUUCCAAACCACCCCGCUGCCCCAUCUAAACACCCACCUGACGGCACCAUUGACACCUCAGAUUUUCAGCCAAUCACCUUCUGCGACAUCUCAAAAUCCCGCCCACAGUCCCAGCCAAUCACCACCAACCGUUAACCGAAAUAUUACCCAGAAUUCCUUCAGAUCACCUCAUAGAACUCUUCGAAAUGCCAGUUUGCCUGAAGGCCAAACAGAUCCCUCCAAAUCACCUCCAACCAUAUCAAACAAUAUUACCCACAAUGCCUCUGAAUCACCGUCAGUUUCUGCCCAGCAUCCUGCCAAAGCUCCUCCCACCCCACCGUUAAGCCCCCCCCACCCCGACCCCUUCCUGCUGACCUCAGUGACCUUCACCUCCAGUGUCUCGUCCCAUCUCUACUCCCCCGUCUGCUCGUCUGCCUCCGUCCUCCGCUCCCUCGACUCUCUGAGCCCCCACAUUGGUCUGCCUCCCGUGAUGAUGUCAUCAGCCACCCCACAAAUGGCCACACCCCCUUUGACUCUGAGCCCGCCCCCUCCUGCGUUGACCCCGCCCCCUGUACAGCUGCUGGGCUCUGAUGAUGAAGAGCAGGAAGACCCUUCAGAUUAUUGCAAAGGUGGUUACUACCCGGUGAAGAUCGGUGAUCUGUUUAAUGGGCGGUACCAUGUGGUCAGAAAACUGGGCUGGGGACAUUUUUCUACAGUCUGGCUCUGCUGGGACCUGCAGAGGAAGCGUUUUGUGGCGUUGAAAGUGGUAAAGAGUGCUCCACAUUACACCGAGACAGCUCUGGACGAGAUCAAACUGCUCAGAUGUGUGAGAGACAGUGACCCCUCUGACCCCUACAGAGAGACCAUCGUCCAGCUGAUUGACGACUUCAAGAUCUCUGGAGUCAACGGAGUCCAUGUCUGUAUGGUUCUGGAGGUUUUGGGUCAUCAGCUGUUGAAAUGGAUCAUUAAGUCAAACUACAUGGGACUUCCUCUGGUGUGCGUCAAGACCAUCAUCAGACAGGUGCUGCAGGGUCUAGACUACCUCCACACUAAGUGUAAGAUCAUCCACACUGACAUCAAACCAGAGAACAUCUUAUUGGACGUCGACGAGGUUUACAUAAGGAGAUUGGCAGCUGAGGCAACCGUCUGGCAGAGAGCUGGAGCCCCGCCCCCUUCCGGGUCAUCAGUUAGCAUGGCUCCCAGGGAUCCACAGGACGGUAAGCUGACGAAGAACAAGAAGAAAAAGAUGAAGAGGAAAGCGAAGCGUCAAGAUAGACUGUUGGAGGAGAGACUGGUUGAUAUACAGAGGAUGGAGGAUGAGGACGGUGUGUCAUUACAACCUGACGACACCGACACUAACUGCUCUCUGGUCGUCAAUUGCAACACUUCCUGCUCCGCAGCCAACAGCAAAGCGAGCUCAGAGUCCACCUGCUCCUGGCUGGAGGACAGGUGUAAUGGCCACGACCCAGGACGGUUCUCCAGCCCCGCCUCCGGGCUAUCGGGCUUCUCCAGCUCUGUGAUAUCAGCGACAUCUGAGUCAGCACUUUCUACUCAGUCAGGAUACUCGAGCGGACGAGACUUGUUCAGUGCGUCGGACUUCGUCCUCAGUCCUCUGGAUCCUCAGAACGCCCACAGACUGAGAGUGAAGAUCGCUGAUCUGGGAAAUGCAUGCUGGGUGCACAAACACUUCACAGAGGACAUUCAGACCAGACAGUACAGAGCUCUGGAGGUUCUGAUUGGAGCAGAGUAUGGACCACCUGCUGACAUCUGGAGCACUGCCUGCAUGGCGUUUGAGUUGGCAACGGGAGACUACCUGUUUGAACCUCAUUCAGGAGAAGAUUACACCAGAGACGAAGAUCACAUCGCUCACGUCAUCGAGCUGCUCGGACCGAUUCCUCUGCCCUUUGGUUUGUCUGGCAGGUACUCCAGAGAGUACUUCAACAGGCGAGGUGAGCUGCGUCACAUCUCCAGCCUGAAGCCGUGGGGUCUGUUCGAGGUGCUGUUGGAGAAGUACGAGUGGCCGCUGGAUCAGGCGGCUCAGUUCAGUGACUUCCUGUUGACCAUGUUGGAGCUGCAGCCUGAAAGCAGAGCGACUGCAGCGCAGUGUCUGCAGCAUGCAUGGCUGCACACAUAGACACACACUUGAUGUACACGCACACAAACACACACACCUACACAGAAACACACAGUGAUGUACACAUGUUGUGUUGAGGAGUGUUAAAUAUCUCUGUCAGUGCUGAUUUCAUGUGAGGAGGGAAGUUAUCACCUCGACUGACAGCUGUGAUUGAUUGAUGGAUCGAUCGUUGGUAUCACUUUCAGAGCGAUUUGAUGGAAACACUGACAGCCAAUCAAAUUCCAUCUGAAUUUACAGGGCGUCACAUUCAACACGUCACAUUCAACACGUCAUGAUGACAUUUAGCAAUAAACAGCUGAAGAAGCUGAAUCAGGUGUUUUAUAAACGCUGUAUCUGCCGUUUCUGACUAUGUCUUCUACGUUACGCUAAUUGAUGAUCACUCGGUCUUGGCUUACUAAACUCUUACAUAACGUAAUAUUACACCGUGUCCUAACUGGAUGCGAGCGUCAGACAAUCGCGCCGCAUCGUGCCGCAAUGUAAUCAAGCUGAUUCUGUCGCUGCCGCUCGCUCGCGUCACAUCCAGUUAGGACAUGGUGUUAAGCUGCAGAUCCAGGGUUUCCGUAAGUCUGUUGCAAGCUUUGGGGAAUUCUGUAUGUUUGAACUAAAAUGUUUUUUGCAGGUA